GAACAUUAAUGUAAAGUUGUAAUAAUAAACAAAGAAAAUGAAUGCGCCACCGAUGAAUCGAAUUCCUGGUACGGCUCAAACCAAGGAACAAUAUAUCAAAGACCUCAAAACGCUUGGAUACCAUGAACUGUUAGAGAUUAAAGAUAGGCAAAGCAAUCUUUUGGCGUCCAAAAAGCGUUUGCAGAGUUUGCCAGAUAAAGGAAAACGUAUACAGGAGUCAUAUGAGAAGUUGCUUGCUGAGAUUCAACGUCGAAACGAUGUGGAGGCAACUGCUAACCUAUUCGGAGAGCUGAACAUUGCAUCAAAAGGCAAAAGAACGCUGAACAAUCUGGAAUGGCAUGGUCGAGCCGCUGUUAACAGCUCAAACGUGUCGGAUCUACUCGACAGUGACGAUGAGCAAGAGAUGGAUCCGUUACGUGUAAUCGCACAAGGCACAAUGCACCAGCGCCAGGUAAAAGUGCUACCGCCGCCCGCCACACUUAUCACGCCUGAAGAUGUGGCUGACAUAGCGUCGUUUAGACAAACGCCCAAUUCAUUAGAUUCAACGCUGACCGAUCAAAGCGCAUCAAGCAGUUUUAGCGGGCAAGACUGCAGCAAAACGAUCCCAGCUGAAAUAAUAGAAAUUGAUGCAGCCACAUUGGUUGAUAAGCAUCCUCCGGGAACUACGUUGGAACAACAUGCACUGUAUCUCAUAGAGAAAACCGAAUUGCCAGUUUCGGCAGCGGCUCGUGAAAAGUUCAGACCUUUUCGCACUACAAUAUCAAAUGUGCACGAUCCUGCGAAGGAGCGCAUACGUAAGAAGGGCAAACAUUGGGAGAUCACCGCCGCAACGCCGCCACUCAUACAACACAAGGAGACCCAGCUGGUGCCGCUAGCCGAAUCUGCCAGCCUUCAGGUCGAUUAUAUGCAGAAAGUCAAGGAGUUACGCAUACAGCAGGCUGAAGAGCGUCUGGCCAGGCAAACUGGAACAGUCAAUAGCAUCCGUUUACCCGAUGAAUCCGUGCUGAAGACCAAGUCGUCAUUUAACAUAUACCGCGAUCCGCAGGUGGAUUAUCUCAUUGAAGGCCGGCAACGUACUGGCGAACAAAACGAAGUGCAUGAUCCAACGAUAUUAGAGAAAGCCUCAGGUGGCGUUAGUUACGCAGUUUAUAAGUGAGCAUUUAAGCUAGUUA